AUGGCCAACCUCCCAAAGGAGAGAGGACCAACUCUACCAUUCAGCCACGGCUACCACUCAUGGGUCCUCCACUGCACUUCAGGACACAACAAUGUAGCUUUAUCCAGUGAGUGAUUCUGGACAACACUGAAUGAAAUUUGGAAGAGAUCCUGAAAGUGAGGAAGGGGUGAGUCAGAUACAAGAAAACCUCUCAUUCUGACUGAAAUCAUACAGUUUACUCCAAGCUUUACAAAUUUCGUCAGAGGCUAGACCAGUGGCUUUUGGGUUAGUUAGGAUGAAAGGUCACAGGGGAGCUCUGCAUUUCCACCAUGUCUAAAUGUUAUAAAGUUCUCACUAGGGAGAAACUGAGGCCCUAAAGGAACCAGCUAUGAGUCAAGGAUGUGUUAAACUCUCCCAUUCACGACAAACUCUGAAUUUUUUGUUUUCCUGAUUUGUUUGAACAGUUACAUAUUUAUGUGUACCUAAAUAACUUGAACUAAAGUGUCGUUUUCUUCAGAGAGGUGUGAAAAGUCUAUUUUGAUUCUGAUUUUGAAUCAUUUAAGGGGUUUGUCCCAAAGUUUGUAUCAAGUUCCUCAACCUUGAUGGAGUGUGCUUGAGGUCAUUGGGCGAUUGAUUAAAUUAAGGCCCGAACUACACGAAUGCGGAUAUAUUUCAAACCGCACAUAUUUAUGUCUGAUUAGGCCUCCCUACCACACCAAAUCGGGAGUUUGGAGCACUCAAACCGGAUAAAUCUGAAUCCGAAAAAACAAGUGGAGAAAUAAAAAAAUAUCCGUAUCCCGUAUCCGUAGUGGAUUCGUGUGGCUGGACUUUUACGGAUCGAUGACGUCAAACAGCAGCUCGCGCAUGCGAAUUAAAAAGAAAAACAACAACAACAACGAUGGCGGACAGACAGGGUAUUCUUCACGUUUGUUUUGCCCUUUUGGGGCUAAUUUCAGCCUUGCAAGUGAACCUUGUUUUAUACAAUUACAUCCACCAGUCAGCCAGCUCACAGACGCGUCUGCUGCGGCCAAUACUUUUAUUGGUCACAUGGUCCGUCACAUGGACCCGACGCACUAGCGUAGUUUCCGCAAACAAUGCAUGACGCAUCACACUGUUAUGAUUCAUCGGCCAAUCAGUUAGCUUUGUUCCUGAAUUUUUUUUAAGCGGCACCAGAUAGGAUUGAGUUUGAAGGCUACGUGUGGACGCAGAUAUUUUUGAGAACUAACACGUGUGGACAGAUACAUUUAUUUAGACGGGAGUACAAAAAUAUCCUGAUAAAUAAAUAUCUAUAUACGUGUAGUUCGGGCCUAAGUUUGGCUCAGCUCAUUUCUAUUUUUUUAACUAUGGUGAACUUUUUGUACAACCACUUUGUUUAACCCAGCUCCUCCUCUUACACUAGAUAUGAGCCUCCCAAAAUCAUAUGUAAUGUCACCGGUGUUGCUCUGUCUUGUUCUGGGCUUUAGCUGCCGCUCUCCCUGCCUCAUGCAUGCACAUGAAAAUGAGGGGAGGUGUGCUCUCCUUGCUGCAGCCUUUGGCACUCCGAGUAAGCAUUUGGAAGGGCAGGGAGCUCUCAGGAAAGAGUUAUAACACCAAAUAUAACCAAUUGCAUACACCUAAUUAAAUCUUUUGAUGAAAGAGGUUCUGACUGAAUCUUUUUCUCUUCUAAAGGACCUGAAAAGCUGUAUUUUAUUUAGAAUCUGUAGACUGAUACUACCUUUGUGUUAAUACCCCAAAGGAUUACUUGGUCCUCUCUGCAGCAGUGCCAUGGCGCUUGCUUUCCAGACUAUUUGCAUAGCAGUCUGGUACCAUUGAAUUAAACAUCAAAACAUGUCAAAAUAGUUUCAGAUUCAACACGACCAGAGCUGCCCUCGCACUUUACUGAUCCACAGCACCAGCAAAGUUUGAGCAGGCACACAUUCCCGCUCGAAACAACUCCUCUGCCUCUCUGUACGUAAACAGGUUGACAUUUUCAGAUGUAUUCAGUCUGUAAACUUCACUUUGGACAUGGAAAGAGAAGAGCGGUGCCUGCAGAAACUCCUGAGGGCAGAGGAAAGCACUGCUGAAAAUACUGUUUCUUGGACAGGUGAUAUCUGGUUAGCACAAAAGAAAAAUACAGAAGAUACCUCCAACUGUAGCUGGCUGUGUUGAUGAUAGAUGCAUCACUUUUACCGACUCAGACGACACCGACAUGCCACUUAACUAUCGUUUAAAUGCGUCUAAUUCUCCUCCUUUUGUGUCCAAAACGUCCUUUCCUUUUCAUCUCUCCCUCUUUUUCUCAUUCCUUAGUCUCUUCAUAUCUCAUUGCACAGGCUGUGGUUGCCAAGGUAACUGACAUUAAUUCAUACGACCAUCAAUUCAGUGCUCUACUUAUUAGCCCCCCCCCCCCAUGUUUUGUGUGUGUGUGUGUCUGUGUAAAUAGAGUGGGCUUUCUUUUGUUUACAUCUAGUUUACACUCUUUAGUCUGGUGUACAUACUUUAACUCCGGUUGUUCAACUUUUGUUCUUUGUGCAUCAGUUUGGGAUCAGAAAGAUUAAUUUUCACUUCCCUGGAAGAGGUGGUGGAAGACAGGAUGCUGGCAAAGCUGCUGGCAAUCAUGGACAAUCCCUACCACCCCCUCUACAACACACUGGACAGGUUGAAGAGCAGCUUCAGCAACAGACUCAUCCAACCCCGCUGCUCUAAGGAAAGAUACAGGAAGUCAUUCCUACCUACUGCAAUAAGACUCUUUAACUCAUCCACCCCUGUUAGAGCCACAGUCACUUACAUGGACUAGCCUGCCAUUCCUACAUUGUUGUUGUAAAUACGGUUACACAUGCUUAGGUCGUAAUUAAGUUAUAUUAAGCACAUAUAAGUAUCGUACAAUAUUUUUAUCACUUUUGCACAUUUCUCCUUUGCACAUCUACACUUACAGAUUCAUCCAUCUUAGUACAUACUAUUUAAGUACUCAUAUUCAUUCAUUACCUUGUAUAGUCUUGUAUAGUCUUGUAUAUUUUAUCUAUUUUUUGUUUUUCUCCGUAUUGCUUGUAUCGGCUACUACAACAACCGAAUUUCCCCUCGGGGAUUAAUAAAGUUCUCUAUCUAUCUAUCUAUCUAUCUAUCUAUCUAUCAAACAAAAGGAACAGGGAAGGAAACAUAUGACUCACUGACAGGCAGCAAUACCGACACACAGAAUAUAACACUUCUCUGUCACAUUGUGUACAUUUGUAAAGAGAUAUGAUACACCAACACACAUCUCUUCAGACUCAAGUCCCCUCCUCAGCAUACACACACACACACACACACACACACACUUGCACACACCCCUGACUUCAUUAUCUGCGCUCAGCCAUCAGGAUGUCAGCAGCAGCAACCAUGGUAACGAGUGGAGUAAUAGAGAGAGAGAGAGAGAGAAUAAGAGAGUGUUGAGAUUCACAGCCAUUUCACACCAACGCAUCAUUAAUGUCAUUUAACUCGCCCCUCUGUGACACUUUCUAUCUCUCCGUCUGUUUUCUUCUCUCACUUCCAGUCUCUUACCUUCUCUCCACUCUUUUCUUCCCUUCUUCCUCUUGAGCCUUACGUUUCUCUCACCCAUCUGUCUCUCUCCCUCUCUUUCUUCCUUUUCGUCAGGUUUAUGUACAAAGCUUUGCAGAUGACUCACAAAACCUGGUUGCUUUCCAGUUUGUGUUUGUGUAUGUUUGUGUAUGCAAAGCCACAUCUUGCUGCUUUAUUGCUACACAGCCGCAGUGUGCAGCUGUACUCACCAACUGUGAGGGGUUAACAGUGGAGAUUUUACUUUUAUUCUGUUCAGGAAUAAUCCAGUGAAACACCCUCGCUGCAGUGCAUUGGUAUUAGAGAUGUGCAGCGGGGGAAAAUCCUCAUAUUAGGAAUGAAUGAACUCCCAUUCAGCAUGGUAAAUCUGGAGAUCACAUGUUUUAUGCACCUGUCUGCAUUCCUGCUGAACUCCUGAACUUCUCUGAGAAACUAUUUCUACAUUCUAAUCCUUCAAAAAUAUCUCUGCAGAGAUAUCAAAUAAACAGAUAAAUCAGAAAAAGGGGGAUAAGUGUGAAAAUCUUAUUAAUGCAUUUGAAAAGUAUUGAAUAAAUCAGUCACACCAUGACUGAAGGAACUGAUGGGUCCGAAUCUGCCGUUUGAAGUUUCUAACCAGCAAACAUCCUUUAAGUUCAUGUUUCCUUUGAAGGUUUUGUAAACAGCACAGUUUUGAAGCUUUGCCAACAGAAUAAAGUCAGUAGAUGCUUAUCUCUGUGCAACUCCACAGAAGUUUACAGCGUACAGAGAGCCAUACCCAGGUGAUAAAUGAGCUUACAGUGCCAUCUGCUGGUCACAGGCAGUACUGUAUGAGCAUUACUGAUAAAGCAGUCCAAGAAAUCAGCAUACAACAUGAGAAACGGAGGUGUCAUACUAAAUUCAUACUUGGACAGAUAACAGGUCAAAACGUAAAUUACAAAAACACAUCAAGACUCAGGCCAUGGUAAAAUGGUGAUGUCCUGCCAUUAUAGCCCAACCAGAGGGGUAAAAGGUAAGAAACACAAGAGAGAGGCAAACUGAAAACAGUCAGUAUUUGCUGUCUAAAAACUAAAAACUCUAAACUAGAUUAAGAAGACCAUGUCUCUGGUCCAUGGUGAAAACAAACUAGCUUUAACAACUGCUAAGACGAUUACUUUGGCUUUCCAUACAUUUCUCAAAACUGUUAACAAAUGACAUGGGAGCAAUCACAAAUCUCUGAUUCUUCUUGGAGAAUCAAACAAUCCCAUCAGAACAGUUUUAACCUGUUCUCAGUAUCUUAAUCCACAUGUUCUCACACCAAACACAGAAAUAAAACCACUACAGAGCAGGAAGAACAUCAGUGAAAAGAAAACACAUCAGUCAGGGGUAAAAGUUCAUUUGAGGCAACAUCAAUCAACCUAUGUAUCAUUCCAUCCAUCAAUCCAUCCAUCCAUCAAUCCAUCCAUCAAUCAAUCCGCAAACAUAUCACAAUGUAUUUGCAUGAAAUCCAACACAAACAGUCUUGUGUGUAAAACAAAGUCACUAUAGUUUUGUACGUGCUGCAGACAUUCAGAUCAGUAUGCACUUCUGAUUUACAAAUGGUAUUGUUGAUAUGUUGCUGUAUUUCAUGGAGUCUAAUAGUAUUAUUUUGAGGGACCAGAUUAAAUAUCAGAGAAUAUGCAGUUCUUCAGAAAGGGGACAUGCAUUUACAAAAUGAUACACGCAAAGCAGUACAACACAAGUGCAAACAGAAGUGGACCUACCCAGAUGUCACAGAUUGGGAUUUACUCUUUGUUCUGCUGUCUUUAUUGUUAUUUCAUGAAGUCUAUCACAGCUGCUCUAAUUUCAUCUGUGAUUUAUGGUCUUGGUCUUGGUCUUCCUUAUCCGCAUUUCAUAGCAGCCUCUGCCAACAGCGUGUGAACAUGGUGUGAAUGGGUUAAUGAGUGGUCAUAAGACGAGCAGAAGCGUGACGUAAAUGCAGUCUGUUUACCAUUUACCUGCGGUGUAACUGUGUGUAACCACCUGUGGUUACCAUUAUGAUCUCCGGUGCACAAAGUACAUAAUGUGAGAACACUCCAGUUAAUGGUUUGACAUGUUCUCUGUGGGUUUAUUUCUGAGGAAUACAAAUCAACAGUGAGCUGCUGCUUAUUUGGCUUUUAAACCUUCCAACAGUCUGUCCAUGCAAUAUUGUCUGCCUUUUUUCAGUUAUUUAAUUUGCCGUAUUAUCUGCUUAAUUGUUUCCUUUGGUAUGAAUUAAAAUUAAAAAAUAAAAACUCCAAAGACACAAACACAACCCAGAUGGCAAGUUCAGCUAUUAAAUGAGCAAAUGUAAUCCAAAGCAGACUCUGGUCAAGAGCACCCUGCAGUCACAGCAGAUGUAGUCUGAAUUAGUUUUGAUCGUUCACUUUACUGUAUGUAGUUCAACCCUGAAUAGUGAAAUUUGCAAAUGACACAUUUUUCAAAGAAUGUUGAGUUUAUCAAACAAUCAUGUUCAAAUUGCAGAUCCUUCUAUAAUGACGGACUGAAAUGUAAAGAUACGAUAAAGGAGGUUUGGUGAUCUUUGGUGAUAAAUCCCAGAUGUCAGAAUAGAUGGACAAAGAUAUUAAACAGUUUACUCAUUUUUACCUCUCAUUCAGUAUUUUUUGCAUGCAAACAACCUCUUAAGCCCACUAACUAACUAAUUCAGUUGUUUGUGCCUGGACCUUGCAGAACCUUUGACUUGUUGUUACAACAUGGAUAUGAUUGUCAGGUUAUCAAGACGAAUACCUGUUUUCCUGGGGGCAGCUACCAUGAGGACUUUGUAUUGAAGAUGACCAGCUGGUACUGGUUGAUUUCUAAGUGUUGAAACCAGAGACUGUAUAUAAAAUGAACGCCGCCUGCCUCCUUGCUGAGUGAAGCCACCCUGAGAACAGCACCCUCUGUUGACAGGCUGCUGUAUAGGUCAUAAAUCCCACCUCCUUCAGCGAUCCCUAUGGAGCUGUGGACAAACUUUAGAAAUGUAUUACAUAGAAGAUAAAUGUUUCUCCCCCCUGGCUGCAAUCUUGACAUGUAGUUGCUUUAAGACUGGUUUGUGCUCAAGUCCUCCUUUUUCUGUUCAGCUCCAUUUUAAAAGUUAUUAGGGGGUUCAUGUUUUCUAUGAUUGACACCUGAUACAGCCUACGGGCGUAUGAAGAUUGAGUAGGACAGCCAAUCACCAAGGCGACUCUCUGUGACUCUCUUGACGAAUGCGUACAACGCUAUUGCGCAAGUGGUGGAAUGUGUACAAAGCAUGUCUUCCUGAACACACAUGUCUGUGACAAGGAGGUGGAUACAGACGUGCGUAUCUUUAAGUGGAAAUACUGGGAGCAAUUCGGCAAUUCAAAUUUGUACAAUGACGGAAGGCGUAACUAAGUUGUAAUAUUUGUAGCAUUUGAUCUGCUGUUUUGAGACUAGAUAGUGAAGGUUAAAGUCUUUCAGCCUCACAGCAAUGUACACACUUGACCUGGUUACUCAUCAGGUUAAAAAGAGAGAGAGAUCAUUCAUAAAACUGGGAUGGUGUACUUCUUUGGCCUGCUGUCUCACAAAACUGUUCUACCCAAUGGGAACCAAAAGCAACCACAAGAAUCUUGAGUUGUACAGUAUCAGAGGAACAUUAAGAGCAUUACCUGUAAUUAAGGGUUCCUUUCUGAACAGGUGUGGGGUGUUCAGUUGAUGGCCUGCUUCCUUCAGGAGAUACAUAACAUGUUUGAACAUGUCAUUUAUUCAUACAGGGAUUCAUACAGACCCGUGAAUAAAUACAGGUCCUAAAGAAGCAGAAUAAAGAGAUAAUCCUCUCCCGUGUCUGAAACUGAACUUCAACAGCUCUGCAUUUUCUAAAUUUGAAUUUGACUGCUUUCCAGUAAACAGAAAUGUGCAUUCAAAAACAGUGACACAUCCAGUUUCUUCAAGCAGAGCCAGAGUGUUUAUGAAACUCUGCACCUCCAUCUGAAGACUGAGCCAUGGCAAAUCACCCAGUGUGAAGUAGUGCUGAGUCGAUGGAAGAAAUUAUUACAUUUCUGCACUCGAUUGACACGUGACCCCAAGUCAUCCUUCCUAGACUUCUCUAAAGUCCCUCUUCUCCCCAACUCCCCCUUCUUUCCUCGCACCUUUUUCUACUUCUAAUAAUGCACUAUCAUCCAAGCAGCUGAGUGUCUAUGAAAACUAUAUAUAUAGAUAUAUAUCCAGACGUCUGAAGUCAGAAGAGAGCUCACCUUAACUUAUCCCUGUGAGAAUGAUGGAUGGAAAAGUAAGAGCUAAGAGAGGAAACAAGUGAUAGAAGCCGGGGCAAAGAAGUGGCAGCCAGCAUCCAGACGGUGUUGUUGUAGUCUCUCCUCUGAAACUCGGCUUUCCCCUGCAGGCCCAGAAUGGAGCCUCCCUCAAGGAGUUUUUCUAUUCUGUCUUCAUAUCUGUAUGUCUGUGUUCUCAGUAAUAAAUAAAACACAUAAUCUUACUUUAUUUUUCCUGCAAGUUUCCAGACAUCGGUUUUGAUUCGUCACAGAGAGAAGUUUUAUAUUUAGACACAUAUGGAAGCAGAGACUUUUAUUGUUAUUCAGAGGAGACUACGGGGGUCCCAGCACAUAGUAACAGAAACAAAGACUCCUUUUCUACUGCGAAGAUUCAAGUCCAGAGAAGAAGGUCCUGCAGGGUGUUUCAGAUGGGAGUUGAGCAAAAACUCUGACUUUGUUAACUCUGAGUUGAGGUGAAGCUUAAGUUUUCAGUUUUAGACACAGACAGUACUUAAACUUUGGGCCAGUUACUUUGCAGCUCAGCAACAAAAUCUGACAAACUCGAAGUUUCUUUCCAUCUCCACCCUGUCAUCGAGCCUGAAGUCACCGUCUGAUAACUGUUAAUGUCCUCAUUUAUCAUCAGUGUCGAAGCAUGUAUCACAUCUGUGAGCAGAGAGCCAGAGAUGUUCAAGUCCUGCUCAGACUUCUGUUCGAAGGGGAUUCUUUGAAACAUGACAGCUACUCAUGUUUCUGUCAUCCAGGUAAGAACAGAGACAGAUCUUUGUCUUCACCUCAAAAGUAAAGCCUUUGAAUCUGUCAGAGAGCUGAAUCUGACAGGGGUCGAGCAUAAACUACAGGAGGACAGUACUAUAUAAGGGACCUAUAAUGUCAAUCCCUUUUUAUAUUCAGAACACACACACCUGCAGCGUAACAGUGUUGGAUGUCUAUACUUAACCCCAGCACAGUUUCUAAACACAACAUACACAGAUGUUUGCACAAUCCCCAAACAGGUUUCCUCUCUGAACAGCUCGUUCAGUCCAUCUCCGCUCUGAUCCAGUCUGGCUCUAUGCCCCCUCAUCCCUCAACACCUGCCAGCUGUGUUUUUAGUCAUACAGUUGGAGUCACAAAAUUUUAGGAUUUGCCACCACUGAUACAGAACCAGUGUUUUUCUUUCUCCACAAUGAGCUCUGAAAACCUCUAAGCAGUUGACUCCAGGCCUGACUUUGCUCAGCAGCCAUGUUUACAUAGGCGAAUUUUCUUGAUCCAAUUAAAAAAUUUGAGGGAUAAUCUGAAUCCACUGUUUACAUGGGUGCAAAAUCAAAUAAUCCGAUCAUGACGUGCAUAUACAUGCACCAAAUUUCAUUCAGAUUAAGCAUUUGGACAUGCUCAGAGUUGUCUGAUUUUGCUAAAACAACCGCAGAAGAGGAGUUGUAUUUAGGUCUGUUGUGGCUCACUUCAUCCAAUGCAGGAUUUUUCCCCCUGUUAAAUAUUGUCACUAGAUGGCGCCGUUGCUCACUUAUUUUACUGCUCUGUCAAAGGUUGCACUGUGCGUAUGUACGCCUUGUUAUGUUAUAUUGGUGUCCAUGUAAACACAGCUAGUGAUGCCUGGGGACUAAGGGACCAAGCAACCAGGCAAAGGACAAAGGUGUGGGAAAAGACCUUGAUCCUAGUGAUGUGUCCUUCAGUGCCAAGGCUUCGGAGCGUGUGUCGAGUAAUAGAGGGGGCGUAUCUGCGAAGCGCGUAUCGAGUCUUGCAUGUAGGGGUGGAGCCAAAAAUGAUGGCGCCCGAAGCCUCGCUACCUGGCUGUACCACGUGACUGAUUCAAGAAACGGUUCGCGGGUUUGGCGGAUGAUUUAACAGGCAGCGAAACGCAAUGGAGUCCUCCACCACUCUCAACCAAUAGACUCGAGACUUGUUGAAAAGUUGUUUUUAAAUAAAAAUAAAUGAAAUGUUUAUGUUUUACAUGUGUACCCCAUUAAAAAGUAUGAACAACAAACUAAGUAACACAAGCACAUUCACAUCACAACCAUCUCCAUUAUUUAUUUCCUCUUCCCCUUUUUCACCCUGCUACUGUGUCUUAAAUGACACCAUGUUAACAACUUCAUUAUUUCUGUAUUGUAUCACAAACACACGGCAUCACAUGCAUUCAUUUAUUCAAUUCAAAGCUUCGCGCACCAAAGCUUCGGGGUGUCUUUGGUUUAUCAGUCUGCCUGUUAUACAUUUAUUGUCCACUUGAUGGAACAGUAGAGCAAAUGAAGCACAAUAAUGAAGCUUCAGCCCAGGAGUCGAGCAAUUGGAUGGAAGGCCUCAGUGCUUCAAUGGAAAUGCUGAGUGCUGAAAGCUGAAAAAGCAAUGCAAAAGUGCUAAAAAAAUGGACGAAGGUUUAAAUGUAAACUUGGUUAAAGAGCUGGAGAAAGAAAAGUAGAAGUUGGAUGAAAGUGAAAAUUGCUGAAGUACAAAUAGUAUGAAUGUGCUUCAUUAAAAUUGCAUUCAUGCUGAAUAAGGCUAGAAAAACUGUCUGAAAUUGCAAAAAAAUUUGGAUAAGGAAGAAAAUUACCUUAAAACACAGAAAAGUAAGAAGUGGCAUAAGUUUAAGUUGAAGUACUAGAAGAAGUAUGAUAAUAGGAAGUUGUACUAGUGAUAUUAGAAGUCAUGUAAGCAGUAGAAGUAGUUUUAGAAUAGAAGAAGUAGAAGUCAAAGCAGUAGAGCUCGUAGUAGAGGUGAGAGUAGAAGUAAAAAAAAUAUUAAGAGAAGCAAGAGCAGUGGAGGUAGAAGUGAGGAUACAAGUUAAAGUGAUAUAAGUAGUAAUUGUAGUGGUAGAACUGGGAUUUUGUUUGAAGAAUUAAAACAUACAUAAAUAAUGAGAAUGAUUUUGAAGUGGGAAAAAUUUAAAAUAAUUAGAAGUCCUAAAGUGUUAAACAGGUUUGAAGUAUCAGAAAGGUUUGAAUCAGUUUGAAUGAGUUUGGAUUUGUCUGACGAAUUUAAUAAUGCAUGAAUAAUGAGAAUAAUUUUAAAGUGGGGAAAAGUUAAAUGAAUAAAAUCCUGAGUACACCCCAUAAUAUCUUCAAUGAGCUGAAUUUUUGAAGCCCAGAAUGGUUUCUGUAGCUCAAAGUUUGUGGGUGGAGAUAGGUGGUGAUGCAGACACAUAUUAACUGUGUGUACAUGCAGGUCUUUUAGACACAGACACACACACACACACACACACACAUUGUCAGACUGUGUGUAUGUGUGUGUGUCUCGUUAAUGAUUUUAUCCUAAACAGCUGUGAGAUCAAAGGCAUUAACUGACCUACUGUUUGAAUGAGAAGCUGCCUCUGGACUUCUUCACAUAGCACGAUUUCCUUAAAUCCCAGAAUGAAAAUAAGAACAUCGUACGAAUCCUCCGCCCUGCAUGAACACAAUGAUCUGUUUUUCAUGUCUGUACCCAAAAAAAUGUGGCCACAACAGCGAGUUAAAAGUCAAGACGUUCGAAUGGUUAUCUUAAAAGUGAUGCAUUGACAUCACAUGAAAGUCCUGCCCACCAUGUCAAAGACUCUUCGUGCUUAAGAGCAGAAAAACUCAUGUUAUUGUGAGAAAUCUCUAUAAGAGAUUUUUUUAUGUCUUCUUGGCUAUUUAAAGCUGUCAGUCUGAAACUUAUUUGACAGUUUCUUUUGUACUAACCAAUGCUUUCUUAUUUCUUCUUUCAAUCUGCACAGAAGAGUCAACCCAUUCCUGUAAAAGGAGAAGCUCCGAGAAUUGCGUGCUCGAGCUUCAACAGGAGGUAAGAAACACGUUAAACUUAUGAUGACAGUAAAAUGCAAACUCAAAUUUGUAGGGUUGUGAUAUUAAACAGUAGUUUAACAAUGUGUCUCUAAAACAAUCUUUUACCUCUUUUGCAUUUAAUAUGCAGAGUGUAACAUUUGAAACAUGACAGAGACCUCCCAGCAGAUUAUAAUCUGGGACAGUUCAGAGUUAAAUCUGUGACAGUGCCAGCAAAAAUCUAAAGAUUCGCAAAUUUAGGAUUUGAUUUUGGACUUACACUGUGUUUCAUACUGUUUUUGUCACAAGACACAUGUAUUUAUGUGAUACAUUUCAGUGGUUAUUUAAACUGAAUAAAACAAUUCAAAGGCUUUACAUCAGACAUUUACUGAUCAAUUAAUCAGUCAGACAAAGGAAAUGUGUAAAAACACUAAAUGAAAUAAAGAAGUUUUAUCAUUGUUUGCUCUUACUGGGAGUCUCUAGUCAAAAACUAGUAAAGUCAGGUCAGAUAGAUAAGAUACUCCUUUAUUAGUCCCACAAGGGGAAAUUUCCAGUAAGGGAAACAAAGACCAUUUUAAUUUACUGUGUUUGAAAUUGAAGGAAAAACACGUUUUGUAUGAGGCCUUUUCCUGGAUAAUAUGCAUUAAAAAAGCUUUGUUUUAAAAACGCUGUGUCAACUUAAAGAGAUUCAGCACUUAGGUUUUUAAUGAAUAAGUGUGAACAAAGAGGGGGUUAACUUAUCAAUAACAACAACACAAAAUCAGGGAAUAACCUUCAGGUAUUUUAAAUCACUGUGAGUGUGCUGUAUUGUUUUUGAUACAUAAAGACACUUUUUCAGUUUGACUCUGAUACUUCCUCAAAGACCAUCUAGUGCGUGUUUAUUGUAUUUUAUCGUCUGAAUAUCACCAUGGUUUGAGUCUGUGUGACUGUCAUGUGUCUCUGCAGAUAUUUCUGUUUAUGGAUUUGUUUUGUUCAUUAAAAUAACCAACCUGUGUUUCUGUGUUGACCAGUAACACUGUGUCAGAGGCUUCUGACGCAGAAAACUGCUGCCCAAAGAACUUUUGGCUGCACAGGCUGUUUGGUCAACCUCUGGUAUGUUUCAGAGCUGUUAAAAUAAGAUCAUUUUAUAAGUGUGACAUUUAAAAUCAGACACUAAAAAUAUUUGACACAGUGGGUUUUUAUUUUUAUAUUUGUUGUUACUCCACAGAGAAAAGUCAGAAGUCUAAUCAGCCAUCAGCGGAGGUGAGUAAACUGCUCCAACAAUCAGCUGUUUAUUUGUGCAGCCACAAAAGCUUCUGAUAAAUGUUGACUAGUCACUGCAGACUCCUUUAAAAACAUCACUACAGGUUGUUAAAACAAAUGUCACCGCCAGGUAACGGGUGUGUGCAUGUGUCUGCAGAGUUCACCUCCAAUGGUCUGGCUGGCUCCACAGCACCCCCACCUGGGGAGAAAAUCAAGAAACCAAAGGCGAAGAAAUGGAGUUGUUCUUGGUUUUUUAAGUGCUGUAGUGUAAGUAAAGCAUAGGAAUACCAGUCUGGACUUCAGUGUUGUUAUAAGCAUUAGUUUUGGUUUAUCUUUCAGUUGAUUCUGUUACUGACAAAUCAAAAUUAUUUUUACUCCAUCAGAGAGAAAAGCAUGUGUCUCCUCUCUCUGAUCCUAAAGAUCAGCGAAAGCCUCCUCGGGAACUCCAGAGAAGGUAACAAACUCAUUUUGUUCACAGGAUGGAUCAAUUUUGGUGUCACCUGAUGAGUUAAAUCAUCACGUGACACAAAUCAGGUGCUAUCAAUUCUGUUCAUUGUUAUUUACAGUUUGUUUUUGUCUCACUGCAGCACUGACGAGGUUUCUCAGAGCAGAGUGCCACAGAGCGAACCGAGAGUCGCCUAUCAUCAGGUCAACCUUGGGUGAGUACACGUGAUUUUCUGGAUUCGUCACUUAAAUCCAUGCAGCUACAUUUUGAUAAAAACAAUCCUCAGUUUGUGUCUGGAGCUGUGAUAUUAAAAUAUGAUUCCAUUUGUUGUGUUUGUGUGUCAGAUUUCCAAACCCAGCCCAGAACUGUUACAUGAACUCCAGCCUCCAGAGCUUGCUCACGCUCACACAGUUUGUGAGGGACAUCAGGAGCCAGGAGGAGGUCUGGAGUCUGAUCCCAGAGGCCCAGCUGAUGAGGUGUAGUAUCUGUAAACACACACACACACACACACACUCUUACACUUUGGUGCAUAAGUGUCUUACCUGGCUAGAUGUCACAAUAAGUUCCCUGGUGAGGUCCACGGGGUCAUGAUGUUUCACCAGCUCAUAGGACUGAGUGAAGUGGAACCUCUUAAUUUGGAGCACCAAGAAACUGUGGAGAGCAGCAGAGAGGGAAUGACCACAGGAUUAUUAAACUGAGGGAAUUUCUGAGCAUGAAAAUACUGAGGAUAAAUUAACAGAAAAUAAUCCGUGCAUGUGUCUGCAACAGAGGGAAACAGUGAGUCUGGGAUGGAUGUAACAUCACCCACUUUGGCAGGGUUGUGAAGGUGGAGCAUUGUGCAGAAGUUGUGUCUCCAUACCCGCAGUUGAACUCCAAGGGCUCUAUUUUCGUGCGCGCCGGUGAGGCGGCGGAGGGCGGCGAGCCCCGCGCAGUUGUAUUUUCGUCUGGCGGAGCCCAGCGUAAGGCCAGUUUGGUAUUUUCGUGGCAUGAGCCGCACGGAGGUGAGCCGAGAUCUGCCAAGCUGGGCGUGGUGGCGUGGCAAGGGGAGGUGUCGACAGAAUCAGCUGGCGCAGUGACAUUUUCGUGCUCGCCAACGGCGUGUAAAGUGCGCUGAAAGCUCGCCGAUUCAAACCUGGUCAGCUUUCAGCGCAAGGCGGAACGCAGCUGGUCUUGUAGUAUUUUGGUAGACCGGCGGCGUAUCGACAUACGUCACUGAUGCCUCACCGGCAGGUUUCCACAGUGUCAGGCACAUUUCAGUGCAAUAAAUAAUCAUCAACAACUAUUAAUCUGAGUCAGCACAUACAUUUAGAUCUAUAUCGAUAUAUUCUGAUCUAUAUCUGAUCUGAUGAGCGCGUUUGGCACGCGUUUGGACACACAACCUAACCGAAUCAACACAGCUGAAACUGCAUCAAAUUAAAUUAAAUAUCUAGUAAAUAAACACACAUGAUGAAGUUAACAAGAUACGUAAUGUGUCUCCCUCCUUUUCUUUCUUCCUCUUCCUCUUAUUUCUCGCACAGCUCGACCUGGACAUGUCUCCGUGUCCUCUGUCCGUCUUGCUGCUGCUGCGGCUGAACAGAUGAUUUGUUUCAGUGCUCAGAUGCGUUAUCUACUUUAAGCCGACAUAAGGAUAUUAUAAUAUUCAGUUUUGUGAGCCAAAUUUAUUUUAUAUGCCAACAUCUAUGAAAGAAAGAGCCAGGCCACGGAGCGCGAUACGUCAUUUACGCACAGAUGGUUCCGAUUUUAAUGCCAUUUUUGGAGUUUAUGUUGUGAUCUGUGCGCUCAACCCACCUUUGUCACGUGAGGUUUGAAUAUGAGCAACUUUAUGUGAGUGUCUUUAUUUGUGGAAAAGGGUGUUUGUCUUACCAGUGGGUCCAACAUUACGCACGCUAAAUCCAUCUGUGCUCAUUUGAGAGAGUGUGGAGGACACUUGUUGAGGAGCUGCCCUCUGUCGCCAUCUUGUGGCAUUACUGUCUUAAGACAUCUCUUGAUCUCUUUGACUACUCCAUGAAAAUAGUAAUACGCCUCGCCUGUGGCGGAUUUAAAGGCAAGGAGAGGAGCCUAUGUGAUUGGUGAAAACAGGUCUCGGCUGUGUUAAACCAACUACACGCCCUUUCUCCUCCCCGUCUACGACUUAUGGUCCUGGGAGGAGCUGAGUUAGGGAGGGGGGAUACUUACGCCGGGCUGCGCGGCUCACCAAAAUACCAAAAUGUGCUUGGGAACGCCUUGUCAGCGCGGCGGAUCUGACUGACGCUGCGCUUGCGGCACGUCUCCGGCGAGGCACCAAAAUAGAUCCCCAAGUCUGUCUCCUGCAGAGAAAACAUGCUGUCAGAUACUGUGUACACUAAACAUGGAAAAACAACAACCAAAAAUAACCGCAGAGUGAAACAUUUGAGUGGCUUCAUAUCAGACAGUGUGGAUGUUGAUUAAAGAAGUCCAGCUUCUUUACCUUCUCAUAUUCCUGCAGCAUCUGCUGCACCGAACCCCCAGGAAUCAGGUCCAGAGAGAGAUUUAGGAACUCCUCCUCUCUCUCUGAGGCAGAGCCACAUCUGCACGUUAAAAGGACAAUACAUAUGAUUAUACUCCCAUGACCUCCCAGCAGAUUAUAAUCUGGGACAGUUCAGAAUUAAAUCUGUUUGGGAUUUGAUUUUGGACUUACACUCAUUUUGUUUUGUUACAAGACACAUGUAUUUAUGUGAUACAUUUCUUUUUUUUUUUGUUUUUUACUGAAUAAGACAAUUCAAAGGCUUCACGCAAGACAUUUACUGAUCAAUUAAUCAGUCAGACGAAGGAAAUAUGUAAAAACACAAAAUGAAAUGAAGAAGUUUUAUCAUCUUUUGCUCUCACUGGGAGUCUCCAGUCAAAAAGUAGUAUAGUCAGGUCAGAUAGAUAAGAUACUCCUUUAUUAGUCCCACAAGGGGAAAUUCCCAGUAAGGGAAACAAAGACCAUUUUAAUCUACUGUGUUUGAAAUUGAAGGAAAAAUAUAUUUGCGUUAAAAAAGGGUGACAGACCUCCUGACAUGUGUUGUAUGAGGCCUUUUCCUGGAUAAUAUGCAUUAAAAAAGCUUUGUUUUAAAAACGCUGUGUCAACUUAAAGAGAUUCAGCACUUAGGUUUUUCAUGAACAAGUGUAAACAAAGAGGGGGUUCAUUUAUCAAUAACAACAACACAAAAACAGGGAAUAACCUUCAGGUAUUUUAAACCACUGUGAGUGUGCUGUAUUAUUUUUGAUACAUAAAGACACUUUUUCAGUUUGACUCUGAUACUUCCUCAAAGACCAUCUAGUGCGUGUUUAUUGUAUUUUAUCGUCUGAAUACCACCAUGGUUUGAGUCUGUGUGACUGUCAUGUGUCUCUGCAGACAUUUCUGUUGAUGUAUUUGUUUUGUUCAUAUUAAAAUAACCAACCUGUGUCUCUGUGUUGACCAGUGUCACUGUGUUAGAGGCCUCUAACACAGAAAACUGCAACCCACAGCUUUCUUGGUUGCGCAGACUGUUUGGGCAACCUCUGGUAUGUCUCAGAGCUGUUAAAAUAAGAUAAUUUUUAUAAGUGUGACAUUUAAAGUCAGACACUAAAAAUGUUUGACACAGUGUGGUUUCAUUUUAAUAUUGUUACUCGACAGAGAAAAGUCAGUCCGACUGAGAGAGAGUACAUCAGCCAUCAGCAGAGGUGAGUAAACUGCUCCAACAAUCAGCUGUUUAUUUGUGCAGCCAUAAAAGUUUCUGGAAAAUGUUGACUAGUCACCACAGGUGGUUCAAACAAAUGUCACAGCAAGAUAAUGAGUGUGUGCUUGUGUCUGUAGAAACCUCGCCUCAGAUGGUCUGGCUGGCUCCACAGCGCCCCCACCUGGGGAGAAAAACAAUCAACCAAAGGAGAAGAAAUGGAGUUGUAGGUUUUUUAAGUGCUGUAGUGUAAGUAAAGCAGAAGAUAACCAGUCUGGACUUCAGUGUUGUUAUAAGUGUUAGUUCUGGUUCAUCUUUCAUUCGAUUCUGUUGCUGACGAUUCAAAAUUAUUUUUACUCCAUUAGAGAAAAAAACGCGUGACUCCGCUUUCUGAUCAUGAAGAUCAGCAAAAGCCUCUUCAGAAACUCCAGAGAAGGUAACAAACUCAUUUUGUUCACAGAAUUGAUCCAUUUCGGUGUCACCUGAUGAGUUAAAUCAUCCCGUGACACAAAUCAGGUGUUAUUAAUUCUUUCUUAAAGCUCCUGUGAGGAAUUUUUUGUUUGUGUUGCUUUUUAAGGCCACACAGAGGCAUCCCUAUCAAUAUCAGUCUGUUAUAAUUGACCAAAAAUCUCUCACAGUAGCAUUAACAUGAAGUCACUUGUACAUGAAAAUCAGUAUAUCUGCUGAAUAUGAUUUUUUUCCCCCCUUGAAACAUACUCACAGUCUGUUCCUCUCUUCUUUUUUCAGUCUUGUCAAAGAAAAAAGUCAUCAGGCUGGUGACUCCAUCCUGGUGUUGGAAGAUUUCAGGGAAGAUGAAGAGGAAAAGCCACACCAGCAGGAGAAGAAACUUACAGUCCCAUUUGCUCAGCAGACUGUUAUCGCCUCUUCAGCAAAAGAAAAGGCUAAUGUAGAGGACAAGUAAGAAAUGACCACUGUGCUUGUGCAAACUUCUGUUAGUGUGACAAAAGCUGUCAGAGACCCGUCCUACAAAUCUGAUCAGUUAAAUACAACAAACGGGUCAGUCUGUGGAUCAUUAGUCCAUAUUUGAAGAAACCAAUUAACAUUAACAUAAGCAGGACCUAAGAUCCUAAUGCUGUAGAAUAACCAAUUUGAUUGUUUGACAAGAGCAGUUUAAUACACUCUUUCUGUACCAGAGUUAAAGAGGAGGUUGAUGUCUCAAUAAAGAAAGUUAUGGUUUGAGUUAGCUUGAGGUUAUCACUUUCACCCCCGUUUAAACAUUAUGUUCUUACUUGGGACAUGUUUUCAUUGGCAAUGAAAGUCAAAAAGGAUUAUUGGCAGUGCUGGUAAUGUGAAUUAAAAACUCUGAGUGUUGUGUUGGUCAAAUCUCUUCAGAUCUUUCCUCUCCUUAAAUCCAAUCCCACCUCAACUUCAAUAUUGAUUUUUGCUAAAAUAACCUCCUUUUCCACAGAUGAGGUCAACUGUAAAAUAUGAUUCAGUACAAGUAGAUUACUAGCCUCACACACUUGUAGCUCUCUGCUGUUUAUUGUUAUUUAUGGUUUGUUUUUGUCUCAUUGCAGCACUGAUGAGGUUUCCCAGAGAAGACUGUCACAGUGGGAACAGAGACUCACCUGUCGGCAGGUCAGUCUUGGGUGAGUACAUGUGAUUUCCUGCAUUCAUCACUUAAAUCCAUGCAGCUACAGUUUGAUAAAAGCAAUCCUUAGUUUGUGUCUGGAGCUGUAAUAUUAAGAUAUGAUUCCAUUUGUUGUGUUUGUGUGUCAGAUUUCCAAAUCCAGCCCAGAACUGUUACAUGAACUCCAGCCUCCAGAGCUUGCUCACGCUCACACAGUUUGUGAGGGACAUCAGGAGCCAGGAGGAGGUCUGGAGUCUGAUCCCAGAGGCCCAGCUGAUGAGGUGAGGAGGGUUAGGUCAUUUUACACCAGGUUGCAUGGGUGAGAGUGGUUCACACAGCAGAUAACAGCCAGCACAGCUGUCUGCAGGAGUUCCUAUGUUAAAGCAAAGCCAUGCACUGCAGAUGAGUCACAAGAAGCAACUUACACCACUUGCAAAAAGUCAAAAAUGUAUAAUUUUUUGUUUUAGAUUAUUGUAUAUCGCCUUCAAACACCUUAACUAUCCUUAAAUAAUUGUACACAAAACAUGCCAAGUACAAUGUUUACAUUGAGAAAUGGUCUCUGAUUUGUUUGUUUUGUACACCAACGUUUCCUGGUUUGGUUCAGAAAAGAUUGUGACUUGGAUUAAAAUUCAAAUGUGAUCUUUACAGUUACUCUCAAACAGCUUCAACAACAGAAUGUGUUGUUGAACCUACGAGUGAAACUUUUGAUUUAAACUAGAAACUGAAAUACAAGAAAGGAAAGGAAUAAUGCAUCAAAAUUAAUAUUGCUAUUCAAAAUUGACCCAAAGCUUUUUUUGGUCCUCAGGAUAUGAGAAAUAUUAAACUUUUGUCUUUUUUUAAAUGAAUAAUCAGGUUUAUUGUGUUAAUGAACUGGCAUUUAAAGGGUAAAAAAAAAUCUGAAUGAUUAAUAAUAGGUAUUAAUAUACAGGACUGAAACUGAGGAAAAGAUAUGAAUAAUAAAAGCUUAUGAAAUAUGUCAAUGUAAGAUAAUUCAAAUAAAGUAUUCUGAUUAAAUGUUUUUUUUUUAAAUCUGACAUUGUAAAAAAAAAAAAAAUUACAUACCCCCAAAUCAUUUUUACUGGUGAUCACAAAAAUGGUCCAAGCUUAAUUUUUAAUUUUUUUUUAUUUUGAAAGUUUCCUCAUUUUUAUGUUGGAAAAUAGUAUAUUUUUUUCAAUGCAUUGUGUAUGUAGACUGGGAUAGGGUUAAAAUUCUGGAAAUUAUCAUUUGAUAUUUAUAAACAGAGUUGAAGCUGGUGAAAUAAAUGUGAUUCAUUAUAAGUUUUAUAAGUUUUAUAAUUUUUUAUAAGCUUUGAACUUACUCUUUGUCCUGUACUGUAAAAAGAGAUUUUUUUUAAGUUUUAAAAUUGAUUCAACAUUUAAUAUAAAUGAACAAUAAAUCUGCUUAAAAGAUUUGACCCAUUAAACAAAGAGAUAAUAUCCAUGUAAAAAUAUUUCAUGACAGAUUUUUUGCCAAGGAUAAGUUAAUUUCAGGAUAUCAGGAACUUUCUGUUGCGGAGACAUGAAGCUUCUGUUUAUCUGCAAAUCUUUCAACCAAACUGAAACUAGCUCCUCUCUGUUUCUCUGCAGUUAUUUCAUGGACAUCGCAUGUCUCCGUGACGUGGGUGACAUGCGCCGCAAACUUGAGGCUCUGUGUGAAUUUAAGAGGCUUCUCUCUGUCAAGGCUCCAGAGUUUGUGGACAACCAUCAGAAAGUAAGUCAGCUCGUUUUCUUUAAAGUUUCACUAGCUGCUCCUUGUCUGCUUAUCCAGUCAAACCUGUGUUUCUGUUUGCUCAGGAUGCCCACGAGUUUUUGAUUGCUGUUCUGGGUCAGAUGAGGGACCUGGCUGCGCCGCUGAGGCAAGUUGCCUACAUACUGGGGAGGUCCUACAGGUGUCCUGUGGAAAGGAACCUGGUGUUCAAGAUGCAGAAUACUCGAAAAUGCAAGAGGUAAAAACAUACAGAUGGUUGCAGGACAAAUUUACCUCCAGUUUGACUCAUUUGUUAAUUUUUUUUGCUCAUUUUUAUCAAGUCAGGUCAAAUCUACAGUAAUCUUUUCUUUUAUCUUUAAAUUUUCUUUUCUCAACAUGUAUAACUUCAGUAUAUAAUUAUAUGUAUUGUCCCUUUAACGUGCAGAUGUGGCUCCCCCUCGGUGAGAGAAGAGGAGUUCCUAAAUCUCUCUCUGGACCUGAUUCCUGGGGGUUCGGUGCAGCAGAUGCUGCAGGAAUUCGAGAAGGUAAAGAAGCUGGACUUCUUUAAUCAACAUCUACAUUGUCUGAUAUGAAGCCACUCAAAUGUUUCACUCUGCGGUUAUUUUUGGUUGUUGUUUUUCCAUGUUUACUGUACACAGUAUCUGACAGCAUGUUUUCUCUGCAGGAGACAGACAUAGAGUUCAACUGCGAGUGUGGAGACACAACUUCAGCACAAUGCUCCACCUUCACAACCCUGCCAAAGUGGGUGAUGUUACAUCCAUCCCAGACUCACUGUUCCCCUCUGUUGCAGACACAUGCACAGAUUAUUUUCUGUUUAUUUAUCCUCAGUAUUUUCAUGCUCAGAUAUUCCCUCAGUUUAAUAAUCCUGUGGUCAUUCCCUCUCUGCUGCUCUCCACAGUUUCUUGGUGCUCCAACUGAAAAGGUUUAACUUCACUGAGUCCUAUGAGCUUGUGAAAUGUCACGACCCCGUGGACCUCACCAGGGAACUUAUAGUGACAUCUAGCCAGGUAAGAAAUUUAUGCGCCAGAGUGUAAGAGUGUAGAAGUGCGUGUGUGUGUGUGUGUGUGUGUGCUUCUUGUCUCUAACAGUUGUUCUGUGUGUUUGCUCUCAGGCUAAGAGCUGGUACAGUCUGGUUAGUGUCAUCAGUCAUUUAGGCAGCGAAGGGAACGCAGGUAAAACAUUCACUCAGUGAGGGUCAGAUCAGCCAGUGCAGUCUUCUGUUAGGUCCUCAGAUCCAUAACAGAUAGAUAAAUGCCAAUCAAAGGCUGGAGUCUUUCAAGUCUCAGGAAUAUCAAAUUAACAUUAGCCUUCAAACCAUGUCUUUGUAAGAAAGAUAAAACAUUAUGAAGUUGUUGAAUUGGUUCAGCAAAAGGUACAGCCCACUCUUGGAUCUUGGUAACAUUUUCCAUCAUUUUACUUUCAAAGAACUGCUGAACUUAUAAAAAUGUUUGAAGAAUUUUGUUAAAACCAAUUUUUAUGAUUUAUAAUCACAUAUUUUGUAGGCUAAAGCACCAGAAUUAGUACUUCAUACAACACUCUAAACCAGUGUUGUGUGAAGUACUAAACAAAUAUACUUGAGUUGAAGUAUAGUUACCUUACCAGAAAAUGACUCAAGUCAAAGCGAAAGUCUCCCAUGAGAAUUCUACUGAAGUCCAAGUCUUGAAGUUUAUCACAUUCUUUCCACUUAAGUAUCAAAAGUACUCAAGCAAAUGUACCCCAAGUAAAAGUAAAAAGUCAACGUCAAAGUACAAACAUAUUUUUAUUUUUUGCAAAAGCCACUUAUGCCCAAAUAAGCACACAUUUCAGGUAGAUGCAAGCAACAGCUUAGAAAAAUUAAUGGGAGGGAGGGACAGACCCCUGGUUACAGCACUGAUCAGGAGAAACAAUAGUGCAUCCUCCAACAAAGAACUUAGGCUGACAAUUUAACACAAUGAGAACCGUCAAAAAAGCCACUGGACAUUUAGGUGGGCAUGUCAGCAGCCUGCAAGCAGCUGCGGACGUGCCCAGGCUUGAGUGACCGAUUGAUAAUGAUCAAGUGCAAUGCAAAUCAACAAUAGGUAAAAGGGAAAAAAAGGUUUUUCCCUUUACCUGCUGUCAUAGUAACAAAGUAAAAAAAGUAGUAGUGAAGAUGCUUCUGUGAAAUGUAGUGGAGUAAAAGUAAAAGUCACGGACACAAAAAACCUCUAGUAAAAUACAGACACAAAAUUAUACUCACGUACUGCACUUAAGUAAUGCUACGUACUUACUGUACAACACUGUUCUAGACUUUGCAGUUCAUUGUAUUAAAAAUUCAGAGAGCCUACUAACUGUUAAAGUUUAUGAAAUGACACAAGGCAGAACAACUUUUGAUGGUGAGAUCACUUGAUUUACUCUUUGACAGCUGAGAUCCCAGAGUCUGCUGUGUCUGCAGACAUGGGGUCACUCUCCAGAUUUGUCUUUAAGCCAUCAUGCAGCUGUAGCGAUUUUAAAUUCAAAAUAAAUGUCGAAAAUUAAUCAAAUUAAAUUAUGACAUUUAUGCACUCGUUGAAGGGGCACCACCCACCUUUCUGGUGGGAAAAAGGACGAAACAAAGUUCAAUUGAGUAAUUAAACGUUGGAUCAGUCUUACACAGAUUUAAAUCAGUCUCUCAUCUGAGGCCGGAAUUCUUCAUUCAGGGACUACUUUCUGAAAGACCACUAAGACGACAACUUAGAAUUAAAUGGACAAUUUAUUAACAAGCUAUAUGAUAACAAAACGUCAAUAAAUGAUGAUCAAAUAAUGAGCAAAUCAAAGCACAUCUAAUGAAUAAACGAAGGAAUAGUUUAAGUUAAACCUAAGACUGGAGGUUAAUAAUAGUGAGUGAAUAAGGGGAAAUUUAACCUACGUUAACGGAGUUACGAGGGUAAAUAAAAGGAAUUUGGAGAACUAAACUAUAACUUAUAAGAGUAAGCUACUGAACGGUUGACGGCAUCACCCAGUUCUCAACACAGCAGUUUAGAGGAUUUAGCCUACUUUGGACGUCGGUUCUCAGCGGCACCCUUGGAAUGGAUCAGCUGAAGUUCUGUGGCUACCGGACCGGAUACUGAAGGUUCGGCGGGGAGUUCUUCCGCCGUGUCUAGAUCUCAGCUUCAGGACCGUGUCAGCGCCGUUAGAUACUUCGGAUCUCUGGGCCUCUCGGAACCAGGUGGCAAAGCAGCUUGGCAGAUGAUGCUGGUCGGCGUUCAGGACUUGCUUGGUUGCAGAUUAAUUCGCGCCGAUAACUUAAGAAAAUAAUUUCGCUGGCCAGCCGAUAUUAUCUUCAGGAGUCACUUUAGCGAACAAAAAUAAAAAGACUUAGACUGAGGUUCUCUUAUGCGCGCAGCUUGUUACUGAGGCUCUAAAGGACUUGGGAAUGCUUUCAUCCAAGUUUAGAAUAAAAAUCUGAGCUUAAGGCACUUAAUAAAAACGCGGGGAAAAAUUGCGAACGAUAGACGAAGAGAAAAACGAAGAAGAAACGAAACAAGAGAGAACUAAACACAGACGAGACAAAAACGGAAGAGAAAAAAACUGAAGAGUAAAAACAGAAGAGUAAAAACAGAAGAGCGAGCAAAGACUCCCGGGCUCUUUUAAACCAUCCCGUGUGGGCGUGAGCCAAGAGGAAAGUUACAGCCAAUGCUGUAACCCGAUGCAGCACAUCGACUGGCAGCGAAUUUAACUCAACUUGAUAUUAAAAGCGAGCUAGAUCUAAUUUACUCACUCACUAUGAUUAAACUGUUUGUAACAUCACAUACGAUCACAUUUCACUUCAUUGUUUCUUAUGAGCAGACGCAUUAAAGCAUGACAUUGAAAACAGUAAACUUUGAUCAGCCGUCUUCUUGACACUAACAGAGGAUUAACGACUUUUAAAAGUUAGAGAGGGACAGAAAACAAAUUAUCUAUUCGAACAGAAACACCAUCCAGCAUAAGAAACACAUACGUAAUAAUAUUUGACAACAUUAUAACCUUGUCAAUCAAGCUUCCUAGAUGAUUAAUAUAUAUUUUUGUGUGAGGUAGAUAAAACAUAGUAUGGAUACAUUCCGAAACUCUUAACUUGAGUCUAAACGAGUUUCACGUUACUACUUCUAAACUACUAGCCUAUCUUGGGAAUACCAUUUACUAAGCUACGAAGUGUAUAACAAAAGGAAAGAAAUACACGUGAUUAGAUUCCUGCCAUUUGGCUCUGAUCAAACCAUAUUCAGGCAUCACCACUAGGAGGAGCUCUUGGUCCAUGGAAAACCUGGAAUAAAUUUGUGAAGUUAACAGUUUGGCUUGUGGAUAUGUUACAGAAUUGGGAAAAAGACCAUUUCAUUAAGAAUGUGGUGUACAGACAGAAAAUUCUGGUGAAGUGUCCAUUAAACAUGAAGUUAAACCAUUUUCAGGCAUCCUCUUCCUUCUGCUCUGUAAAGAAAGCCAAGGAAUUUAUGGCAGGUAUCUGGUUUUUCAGAUUUGGCGCCAACUGGCUUGUUUUCCCUUUUAGGUCAUUGGGUUAAUCCUGAAGUGUCAAUUCUGAUCUUUCCCAGCCAGGGUGAGAGACUCCGUGUUUAUGGGUCUGUGUGGUUGAUAAGCAACUUGUCCUUUUUGGGAAGCGUUAAAGAUUCACUAUCACCUCCCAAAUGGUUGCCUGGGUCGUAAAUGGGAACUUGGUGUGCAAACCGUUUCUCCCCCAUUUCCUGUCCAAACCAGGGGAGCCUGCAUUCCUUUGAGGGGUGAAUUCAAGGUGGAUAGCAGAAAGCAGUUGUCUCAUUACACAGCGUUACCUUGAAUGUUCAGAGAAAAUACUGAGACAUCUGAGAAAAUCUGUGUGAUCAGUUUUACAAGAGAAUAACCUUUUGACAUUAAGCCAGGUUGUAAAGUUCCCUCUACUCUUGUUCUUUAGUCAAACCUGCUCUGUCUGCAGCUCAAGUUAUGGUCCACUACUGCCCCCUGUGGCCGACUGCAUUAAUACCUAAUUGUUUUCUCACAGUAAUGGAUCAUUUUUAUUCCAUGACUGUCUUUACAUCAACACAUAAAACAAACAAAUAUAAAAUCACAAAAGACUCACAUGUUUAUGGCUAUAAUUCUGUUCAGCUGGGUUUAUUCAGUAAUCUUGUCUGAAAUUUGCUCCAACAUUUGAUGCAAACUCUUCUUCCUCUCCUGUUAGGACACUACAUCAGCAGCGGGCUGCACCCUGAUAUGGAUCCUGAGACUGCGGGUGAUCUUUGGCUAAAUUAUAAUGACUCCGAGGUCACCCGUAUGACAAGAGAGAAUGUGUGCCAAAGUUUGGAGGAGUCAGCAUAUCUCCUCUUUUAUCAGAAGAUGGUGAGAAAAAUACGCACAUGUUAAGCAAACACAGAUUAUAAUUAAUUAAGCUGAAUUCUCCACAAACACAGGUUAUUAACUGUCUUUAUGUCUGUUUUAGGUAUAAACAAGCCUGGUGGUUGGGAGCCAGAGCGGACCUGUGAUGACACUUGUGGCCUAUAUCCUAACCUUAUACUUGUGGGCAGAGCGGACCUGUGA